GCAUAAUAGCAGGUAGAUUCUUUCUUGAAGGCUCCUCAGAUUUGAUUGACUGGUGCCAGCACGUGCUUCAUACCAAAGUUCCAAUUAGAAAUAUAUCUCUAUUGUUUUAUGUUCAAUCCUUCGAAUAAACAGCAGUUGUCUUUCUGCUAUCUUUCUCCUUUCUUUCCCUGAUCCAUGUUGUAAAUUUUCCAAUGUGCGUCUUUUUCCUUUGAUGAAUACAACUGUCCGCAGGCUCUGCACGAAUCUAUCACAGAGAAAACACCCUUUAUCCAAUCGUCCCUAUUAGUCCUCCCUCUGCCUUUCCUUGUUUUACCUUUUUACUCGUUUUACUGCCACUCUUUUGUUUUUUGUUUUUGUUUUGUAUAUAUCAUUGUUUGCCGGUUCAGACCAGCUUACUUGAUUAGGACUAGUAGUUCAUCAUACAUGCUGACAAAUCAAAAAGCUGGAAAAUUGCAAUUGAAUUAUUGAAGUGUGUUUGGUUAAAAUUCAAAUAUUUCUGUUCCUCUCUUCUGGUAAUUUAGUGAUUGUAUCUGCUUGCUCCAUGUUGAUUUAGCUUCUUGCUGUUGAAUUUUGUUUCGGUUUAUUUAUUUGUUAUAAUAAUUUGCCACGCCUUUUUGUCAUACUUAGACUGAUAGACAGCUAAUGAUUUUUACAAUUUCUCUGAUGUUGGGUUGAGUUUUUCGCAUCGACCUGAACAACCCUCCUUUCUAUUGUGAUUCUAGAUACCCAAUUUAACAUGAUUGAUUGGUAGCCACAGAUGUCAGUUGCAUGUUGCAUUCCAAUUCUAGAGUGCGUGUAUUGUUUAGCCUGUGCUCGUUGGGUGUGGAAGAAGUUCCUCUAUACUGCAGGGAGGGAAAGUGAGAAUUGGGGCCUUGCUGCUGCUAGUGAAUUUGAGCCUGUACCUAGGCUUUGUCGAUAUAUAUUAUCUGUAUAUGAGGAAGAUAUUAGAAACCCCAUCUGGGCUCCUCCUGGAGGGUAUGGAGUCAAUCCCGACUGGAUAAUUUUGAAGAAAACUCAUAUAGAUACUGGAGGGAGAGUAACUCCUUAUAUGAUCUACCUUGACCAUUACAAUGCAGAAAUAGUGGUGGCUAUCAGGGGACUUACUCUGGCUAAGGAAAGUGAUUUUCUGGUCCUUUUUGAUAACAAACUCGGGCAAACAAAAUUUGACGGUGGAUAUGUUCACAAUGGGCUACUUAAGGCUGCUCAGUGGGUUUUCGAAGGUGAUUCUGAGAUUCUGAGAGAACUAUUAGAGAGGUAUCCAGAUUACAGGUUGACAUUUGGAGGGCAUUCGUUGGGGGCAGGAGUAGUCACAAUGUUGACCAUAUUAGCUAUUAAAAAUCUGGAGAAGCUGGGGAACAUUGAAAGGAAACGGGUUAGAUGUUAUGCAAUUGCCCCUGCGAGAUGCAUAUCACUAAAUUUGGCUGUCAGAUAUGCAGACGUCAUCAAUUCAAUUGUGCUGCAGGACGAUUUCUUACCUCGGACAACCGUAGCACUUGAAGAUGUAUUCAAGUCAAUUUUCUGUUUCCCAUGCUUGCUGUGUAUAAUGUGCUUGAAAGAUACAUGUACAGUGGAGGAGAAAAUGCUUCAAGAUCCAAGGCGCCUGUAUGCUCCAGGUCGUCUGUACCACAUCAUCGUGAGGAAGCCCUUCAGCUUAGGAAAAAUUUCGCCAACUGUGAGGACAGCGGUUCCAGUGGAUGGGCGGUUUGAACGCAUAGUUUUUUCUCGUAACAUGACGUCAGAUCAUGGUAUUCUUUGGAUUUUGCAAGAAUCUCGAAGAGCACUUGAUGCACUGCUUGAAAAGGAGCAUAUCAUGGAUAUCCCAGCAGAGCAGAGGAUGGAAAGGCAGGCAUCUAUUGCCAAGGAACACAGGGAGGAGCACCGAGCAGCACUGCAGAGAGCUGUUGCACUAGAUGUUCCCCAAGCGUAUUCACCCUCAUAUGGGACAUUUCAUGAGAUAGAGGAAGGUGAGAAUUCUCACAGAACUGGAGUCUCUUUUGAAUCCUUUGACAAGAGAAAAAGCUGGGAUGAACUAGCAGGGCGUCUCUUUGAAAUGGAUGGGUCUGCGAGAGCAGUACUCAGAAAUUCAUAGACAUGGAUGCCUGUAUAGUGAUAUGAUAAUGUUCAUUCUUUCAUUCUAUUGAUGUUCCCUGUUAAUGGGAACUUUUGAUGCCUCAGCCGCUCAGUUCAGUAGAAUGCCUGCGUAGUACCGGUUCGACUCUUGGUACAUUUAGAGACUCAGAAAAUUUUCUGGCUCGUGGAUUUUGUGAGAAGACUGCCAGAACUCCUCUGUUCUUUCUCUGCUGACAUGCAGCCUAUUUUAAUAAAGAUCCGUUUAGUCUGCGACUA